AUUAACAUGAAUAUUAUUUAUAGGGAUGAUGUUAACUCCAUUAUUCUGGAGUUUCAUAUCACAUCGGUUCCCCAAACGAACACUUAUGCUUUUUGGACUACUCAUUGAUUUUUUAUGCAACAUACUCUGCAGUAUCGUUGACUCCUUUUACGUUUUUGUUAUUCUUAAAAUUAUUACUGGUACUAUCGUUAGCGGGGCUUUUACACUCCUGACGACUUAUCUCAGUGAAUUUCAACCAAAAAAAUAUCGAGCUAAAGUGAUUACUUGGGCUGGCCUUUUAUUCAACGCAGGAUUUAUCGUUCCAGCAAUUUUGGCUUUCAAUGUUACGCCACAAACAUGGACAUUCAUUCUUUUCGAUCGAGAAUUCACAGCUUGGAGGAUACACUACAUUUUAUGCUGUAUUCCAUCUAUUCUUGGUUUUAUCAUCUUGAGCUUUCUACCGGAAACUCCGAAAAUGCUUAUGGAAAAUGGAUACCUUCCUAGGGCCUAUGAUCUAUUCAGACGCAUUUACGUAAUCAACACUAGAUUGCACAUUGAUACUUAUCCGAUUAAAUUUCUGGAAUCACCUUCGAAUAACUUUAAUAAAACAAACGAGGAAUCGAAAUUCCAAAAAUUUCUUGAAACUUGGAACGAUACAAAAGAAUUAUUUAAACCGCCAAAUUUGAGACAUUUUGUGAUAAGUAACUUACUGCAAUUCGGUAGUAUGCUUUCAUUCAAUACAAUGCGGCUUUGGGUUCCGCACAUGUUCAUCAUAAUCAACAACUUUGACUACUCUCGGUGGGAUCCAGCUCGUGGCAAUCCAACGAUAUGCGAGUACUUGAUUCCUGGCGUGAUUCCCCCAGGUCUCGCAAACGAGACUUUCUAUGCAAAUCACACCUGCAUUCGGUGGCACAUAAAUCCCAGCGUAUAUAUCAAUUCAAGUAUUAUUGCAGCUUCCGCUGUUGGAAUUUCAUUUCUUGUUGGCCUAUUAUAUACCACUAAAUUAAGAAAAAAAAUUGUUUUAGUUAUGGGAUACUUAAUCGCAAUACUCAGCAGUUUUGGAACUAAUUGGGCACAACUUGUACCUUUAAUGUUGACCCUAUCAGCAUCUAUUGUAGUCACGGGCCGAAUAACGGCUAACAUAGUUAUCGCGGCUAACGCCGACGUCAUUCCCAUACCGUUAAGGGCAACAGCUGUCAGUUUUAUCACAAAUACUGGAAACUCAGCGAGUAUUAUUGGAAAUCUCGUAUUUUCAGCUCUCCUCGAAUUUCAAUGUCUCAGUGCGUUUAUUGGAAUCGGCGCAAUGUUAAUACCCUGUAUGAUUAUAUCAUUAUUCACACUGCAAACAGAGAAGAAAGAAAUAAAAAUCUCCCCGUCAUAA